AUGCUCCGAACCGGAGCCACUCGCCUGGCUUUGCGGUCAAUUGCUGCGCCAAUCGCUCGUCCAGCUGCCAGCUUCCGAGCCGCCGCUCCUACUGCGCAAUGGAGGACCCAGUUCAGCUCCAUCACCUCCAAGCGGCCCCAGAUACCCCUAGUGGCUCCGCUCAAGCCCAUACAGGCUGCCGUGCUCCGCCGCGCACUUUCCGACGAGAAGAAGCAGGCUGAGAGUAGAUACGCACAAGAGAAGAUCAAGCCCACACCAGAGACCGUCUCUUCUACUUCCAGCAUUCAUCCCAUACUUUCAGAGGUCGGCGCAGAUACACCAGAGCGAGAGGUCGAUAUGACCGCGGGCAUCAAGCAUGAUCUGGGCACCAUCAGAGAGACGUUCAGCCUCGCCGAAGUGCCUCGAGAGGCUUACGUGAUUGGCCUAGCCGGAGUCCUUCCGUACCUGGCCACGUCUCUUUCGACCGUGUACUGCGCGUGGGAGCUUAAUCAUUCUGUUGCGGGAUACGGAUACAUAUUGUCUGCAGAGAACGCCAGUACUCUCCUCCACUUUCUUGAACCCUUGCAGAUCGGAUACGGCGCCGUGAUCCUUUCGUUCUUAGGCGCAAUCCACUGGGGACUCGAGUGGGCCAAUUAUGGCGGCACCCAUGGCUAUAAACGCUACGCAAUCGGAGUAGUAGCACCCGCUGUCGCAUGGCCCACUGUGCUGAUGCCCGUCGAGUACGCUCUCAUCGCUCAGUUCAUGGCCUUCACCCUUCUGUACUACGUCGACACCCGGGCUACCUACAGGGGCUGGACACCUUCUUGGUACGCCAUCUACCGAUUUGUUCUUACUUUCAUCGUCGGUGCCAGCAUCGUCGUCAGUCUCAUCGGUCGCGGAGAGGUUGCGGAUGACAAGGUCCAUCGGAUUCCCGGCGCGGUAGACAGGGCUGUGACUCUCCGUGAAGGCGCUCAGGAAAGACUGGCCAAGGAAGAAGAGGCCAUCCGGGUCGAAAACGAGGCUAAGGCCGGUGACGAGGGUGGUGACGAGGGUGGUGACGAGUCUGAAGAGAAGUCCGAAGAGUAG